AUGUCGGAAUAUCAGGACAUGUUCAUGCGGUACACUCACCUAGGCAUUGGACGUGCAGCAAUCUUGCGGAGAAUUAGUAAAGACUGCCUGGGCUCUGUGUUACCGGCGCGCACUGACACCAUGGAUAUUGUAAACCCUGGUGACCAGGAUGGUAUGGGAGAGGUCGGCAAUAGCAAUGGUGAGGCUUUGGAUCUUGAAGGCAAUGAUGAUGAAAGGGAGGAUUGCAAAGACUGCAAGGAGUUCAACAAUGACUCCAGCAAUGAUGAACUGAGCGAGGGAGGUGGGGAUGAAAACAGAGAUGAGGACGGACACAAUGAUGAUGAGGGUUUCAAGUCACCGGUAUUGCUUCAAAAUCCUUCUCUGAAUGACUCAGGCAUCAUCGCUAACCUGUCGACUCCCAUGACUCCCGCUGGUUUCUCGUGCUGCUUCAAACUCAAGGUUCUGGCAGUUUCUCAGGCUGGGCCUCCUGGCUUGUGGAAGGUUUUGGUGCUAGGCCAACAAAUGAAAGAUGUGAUGUUCAAGUUCCAGCCGGUUUAUUUUAUUGCCCUCUAUGAGUCCUUUCACCUCAACUUUGUAGAGCCCCUCCCCCGCGUCUUGCUGGAAGAGCUGCCAGGUGGCCUCUGUCACGAGCACGGAACAAUUCAAGGGCUCUGGAAUCACGUGCAGCUCGCUCAUGGUAUUGAGUGGGCCAGCCACAAUGCCUUCCCACAGUUUCAAAAGUAUGGAAGGAGUCAUGAGGAGAGCAGACGGUGGUGGUGGUCAUCCCUGGCGAGGGCCAGUGGUGGGAGAAUAGAAGUACAAUAUCGGAUUAAUUCUUCACAUAGAGAAGGUUCUGUGGAGUUUGUUGCCAAGAGUGCCUAUGAUGCUCAAAGUGAUUAUAGUGCUCAGGCUCUUUCCCACUACCACUAUGUCGAUGUGACCUCCGGUUGUUUGGCUGGUCAUACUAGUUUUGGCAAGCACUCCCCAUUAUAG